UUGUAUCAUGGAAAGAGGUCUUGUGACCAAGGUCUGGUCUAUUCUUCAGUGGUUUGUAUUCUCCUUUGCUGCUCUUGGCAUAUUUGCUAUCAGUCUGGUUCCCUAUACGGAUAUUGACUACGCCACGCAACAAAAAGUCUGGCCUCUCAUCAAAAGAUUGAAGCACAAGACUGAUUAUCUGGAGCUAGUGCACGCUUAUGGGCUGUUUAGAAGCAUGACUGGUGUUGGUGGCAGACCGGAAGUAAUCGUUGAAGGAAGCAACUCAUUGGAAGGACCUUGGAAGGAGCACACCUUUAUAAAUAUCACUAUACCAGGCUGCCGAAGAAUACUAGUAAUGUGUUUGAGGCUAUCCAUAAUGCUGGCUUGAUCAAGAAUUGGUGGACAAGAGAAUACACGGGAGAAUACCUGCCUAUCGUAUCUUUAAAUGAACCCUCCCUGGUCACAUGGUUAAACCACUUUGGUUAUGCUAAGAAUGAUCCAUGGCCUGAGCAUCCAUCUGGUAGACUGUACCACUUYAUCAAAUAUCUUCGUUCUCUGGCGCGGACCCUAGAUGCGGUUGUAUUCAUCCUAGUGUUGUUCCUGUCUGGUGUAGUCAUUGGCUGUGUUCUCUCUUGACCAACCAGUUAUAAACACUGAAUUCAGGUAGGGGAUAGGUAGAUAGAUAUGUUAAAUCACGAUAUAUUUAAAAAGUAGUAAUAAACUAAAUAGAAUUCUUUA